AUGCCUCCCCUCUACAUACUACUCGGGCUUCUCCUCUUGCACACUGCUCCUUGGUGCUCCUCUGUAGCUGCAAAUGAAGACACUCUCACAUCAGACCAAGCACUUGCCGCCGGCGACAAGCUCGUCUCAAGAAACGGCAAGUUCGCCCUUGGCUUCUUCCAGCCAGCAGCAAGCAGCAUCAGUAAGUCCUCCCGCAAUGCCACCUCCCCUAGCUCCAGCUGGUACCUUGGCAUAUGGUUCAAUAGGAUCCCAGUUUUCACCACCGUGUGGGUUGCUAAUAGAGAGGAGCCCAUCACCCACCGCAACCUCAACCUGACACAGCUCAAGAUCUCAAGCGAUGGCAAUCUUGUCAUCGUGAACCAUGCCGCCAAAACUGAAUCCAUUGUUUGGUCGACUCACAUUGUCCAUGGUCGAACCAGUAGCAUAAACACCACCGCCUCUAUAGCCAUUGUUCUCUUGAACAGUGGAAACCUUGCCCUACUCGCAAAUAGCCAAGACAUGUUGUGGCAGAGCUUCGACUACCCAACAGAUGUUGCGCUUCCUGGUGCCAAGUUGGGCCGGAAUAAGGUCCCCGGUUUCAUUCGUCAGUACAUAUCAAAGAAAAGCUUAAUUGAUAUUGGUCUAGGCUCAUACAGCAUUGAACUAGACAACACCGGGAUCGUCCUCAAGCACCGCAACCCCUCGGUAGUGUACUGGCAUUGGGCAUCCUCCAGAACAUCAUCGUUGAAUCUUGUACAAUUAAUCAAGACCACGUUAGAUUUGGAUCCCCGGACAAAAGGGAACAAAUUCAAGUGGUGUGGUUUGCCUAUAUAUGACAAUCCAGGUAGUGCUGGUGGAAUUGUAGCCUUCAGAUACACUGACUUGGUUCGUGCUACUAAAAGCUUCUCAGAAAAGCUUGGAGGAGGUGGUUUUGGUUCUGUAUACAAGGGGGUGUUAAGUGACUCAACAACUACUAUAGCAGUGAAAAGGCUAGAUGGUGCCCAUCAAGGAGAGAAGCAAUUCAGGGCCGAGGUGAGCUCAAUUGGACUGAUCCAACACAUAAACCUAGUCAAAUUGAUUGGUUUCUGCUGCGAAGGUGAUCACAGGUUACUUGUGUAUGAACACAUGUUAAAUGGGUCUCUUGAUGGUCAUCUAUUUAAGAGGAGCAAUGCAAAUGUUGUCGUCCUGAAUUGGAACAUCAGAUAUCAGAUAUCCCUAGGAGUUGCUAGAGGAUUGUGCUACUUGCAUCAGGGUUGUCAUGAGUGCAUUAUACACUGCGAUAUUAAGCCAGAGAACAUACUUCUGGAUGCAUCAUUUGUUCCUAAAGUUGCAGACUUUGGGUUGGCAGCGUUUGUGGGAAGGGAUUUCAGCCGAAUUCUGACUUCAUUCAGAGGAACUGUGGGUUAUCUUGCCCCAGAGUGGCUUACUGGAGUGGCGAUCACACCGAAAGUCGACGUUUACGGCUUCGGCAUGGUGCUAUUGGAAAUUAUAUCAGGAAGGAGGAAUUCCUCACCUGAAACAUCGUAUAACACUAGUAGCAGCAACAGUGAUCAGAAUAUUGAAUACUUCCCUGUGCAAGCCAUCAGCAAGCUUCAUGAUGGAGAUUUGAAGAGUUUGGUGGAUCCACAGUUACAUGGUGAUUUCAAUUUGGAAGAGGCUGAAAGGGUUUGCAAAGUUGCAUGUUGGUGCAUCCAAGAUAAUGAGUUGGAUCGGCCAACAAUGGGUGAAGUUGUCCGGGUUCUCGAGGGUCAACAGGACAUUGAUGUUCCUCCAAUGCCAAGAUUGCUUGCGGCUAUAACUGAACAAUCUGGUGCUGCAACUUCAAUGUAA